AGGAGGAGGAGGGGAAAAAGGGAAGAGAGGGAAUGACUACUUGGCCUGAGCCUCUCACUCGCUGAUAGGAGAACCUGCCUUUUUAGGUCUCAUGGGAUAGGGGGUAAGUUAGAGAGAUGAAAAUAAGAAAGCGAAAGAGGAAGGAAAGGAGUGUAGAGAAGGAAAAGCGAUACAGGGGAAGAAAGGGAAACCAGUGAGGAGACAGAAAAUGAGAGAGAUGAGGCGGUGGGGAGAGUCAGAAAAAGAGACAGGGGCAGAGGAGACAGACAGAAAUAGAGACAGAGAGACAGAGAGAAGAGAGAGGGAGAGGGCAAAGCUCGGAACCAACCCUUGUCUCCUCCUGACCUGAGGCACGCCAGGUAGCUCUGGGGACCAUGUGGGACCCAAAGGCCAAUGGGUCCCCUGAACCCCCACGGAACUAGAUUUGAACCCUUCCCCCCCCCCCCCCCCCCGCCAGUGUGCUCUCUAACACCUCUCCCUUCGUCUCUACUGGCUUCUCCAAGCCUCCGAGGCACAGCGAGCUAGGGAUACUGAGCUCAAGGUCCAUGCCCCGUCUACGUAGCCCCGGGCCCGAGGGCGCCGCCGAGAGGAGGCUGCUGAGAGCUCUCCUUGCUCUGUGAAGUGGACGUCAGGGGGAUCUAUGCUCUUGAGGGAACAGAGACUCAGCGCAGGCGAAGGUGAGGAAGUUUGAGACGCGGGAGGAUGCAGGCUGCGUAUUGGUACGUCCUUCUCCUCUGGCAGCCCACUCUGUACCUGGUCACCUGUGCCAACUUAACAAAUGGCGGGAAGUCAGAGCUUCUAAAGUCAGGCAGCACCAAAUCCACCCUAAAGCACAUCUGGACAGAAAGCAGCAAAGACUUGUCCAUCAGCCGCCUUCUCUCACAGACUUUUCGUGGCAAAGACAAUGAUACAGACUUGGACCUGCGCUAUGACACCCCAGAACCUUAUUCGGAGCAAGAGCUCUGGGACUGGCUGAGGAACUCCACGGACCUUCAGGAGCCUCGGCCCAGAGCCAAGAGACGGCCUAUUGUCAAGACUGGAAAGUUUAAGAAGAUGUUUGGCUGGGGCGAUUUUCAUUCCAACAUCAAAACUGUGAAGCUCAACUUGUUGAUAACUGGGAAAAUCGUUGACCACGGCAACGGGACUUUCAGCGUCUACUUCCGGCACAAUUCCACUGGGCAAGGCAACGUCUCUGUGAGCUUGGUGCCUCCGACCAAGAUUGUGGAGUUCGACUUGGCCCAGCAGACGGUGAUCGAUGCCAAAGAUUCUAAGUCCUUUAACUGCCGGAUCGAGUAUGAAAAGGUUGACAAGGCGACCAAGAACACGCUCUGUAACUAUGACCCUUCUAAAACCUGUUACCAGGAGCAGACCCAGAGCCACGUGUCCUGGCUCUGCUCCAAGCCCUUUAAGGUCAUCUGUAUUUACAUUUCCUUUUAUAGCACCGACUACAAACUAGUACAGAAGGUGUGUCCUGACUACAACUACCACAGUGACACGCCCUACUUCCCUUCUGGCUGAGGAGGAGCCAGUGUGGGUAAGACUGAAGCCUGAGGAAUACAAGAGGUCAUAGGACAGGGCUGUUACUACAAAGGAGAAGGUCACAUCCUGGGCCUGGAUUGUGUCUACGAUGCUGCUGUUGUCCACGGGCUGCCAAGAUCCCAGGGGGGACAAUCUGGUGUCAUUUCUGCCCAUUGGCUCCAUCUCUCAGUGUAGUUGUGAAUCACCCAAGGAGAAACAUACAUACACACAGACAUACAUGUACAUGUACACACAUCUUUUGGCUUGCAUAUAUUGGGACCCAUCUCGAGAGGUCUUUUAAUUCUCUGGGUCACAGGGUUUUAGAGAACCAAUCAAAGCUGAAGGGAGUAGCUAGCCAGAAUGGGCUCUGACAGGCACUGGUGUGGGGAUAGCCUUCCUAGUCUAGAAUCCAUGUAAAUCCAUCCUGCCCUCUCACGCGUGCUCCUGCUUCGGAUAGCUGCACUGGUAACCAAUACCGUAGGCCAAACUGCUUGUGACAAUGGAACAAGUGUCUCCAGAACUCAGUAUCCCUUCCAAAAUGAGCCCCAGCCACCCAGCAUCUCGUAGGCACAUUCGCAGCGGCCCCAGGAGGCCUGCUCUGUGUAAAGAUAAGUCAACGUUUGGAAUUUACAUGUGGGCACGUGUUGAGAUUUCAGCUUUUGCCCCCGGUCACUGGCACUGGCAGAGUUCUGCUUAGAAACUCCCUAGCCAUUGGAUCUUGUGGGACCGUGCCCAAGAGAGGUGUAAGUUGUAAGUGGCUGUCUUAUCUUUGCCCCACACAUUGUAACAAACUCAGUAUCCUAGUCUACAUUUGUAUGAAUGGUUUGUAUUGUACAUAGUUUAUCCCGUGUUAUUUCAGCAGCUUAUUAAUAUUAACUUGUACUUGUCUCUAUGCUUGUUAUUGGUUAUAAAAGAAAAAAGGGAACCAGGAGGAGUUGGAGUCCAUGUUAGCCAUGUAGCUGUAAAUCCACAAGCAAGACAGAACUCUGUAGCCAGCACUUACUCAGCUAACGUAUUGUUGGAAGCGAUACAUAUACACAGCAUUACGGUCUGUCUGUAGUUAGAGUUUUAUUUCUGGACGAGAUGAAAUGUACAUAGAAAUAAAAUACUUAAAGUUCAGUUUCAA